AUGUCAAUACCGAAAUUCUACAUACAUCCCCAAGACUCAGCACUAAAACACUUCCCUCCCCUCCUCUCCCAGCACAUCCCCCUAAGCAACGCAAUCCACAACCGCCUCCGCGCACCCCAAAACACGCCCUUACGACACUGUCUCUUCGCGACCACCUUCCCUCCAAACACCCCCAACUCAACACCUUCCGAACCAUGGACAAUCCUCUUCUCAGACCGUUCACGGCUCAAGGAAUCCCAAAUCUGGAUUUUCAACUCGCUAAUCAACUCACCCGUCCCUCUCUCACCCCAAGAAAGCGACACACUUAACCUGCAAGUUAAAGAAGCAGUGCAUUUCCUAAAGAACUCAGAGGUGAAAGACGCACCAGGCUGGCCAUUCGAUCCGUUACUGCGAUUCGGCGGCGUACAUAGUCUCAUUACUGAGGUGUUGGUAACCGAGUUCCGAGAUGCGAUAUCCUAUAUCACGCGUUGGAAUAUGUAUACCAUCCCUACUACAACAAAUCCUGAUCCAGGUUCUGAGAAUAGCCCAUUACAUUCACUUGAGAAGAAAACAAACACCCUCCCACCAGGCUUCACACUAUCCCUCAUCCCAACCUCACACCUCCCCCUCAUAAUCUCCACCUCUUCCAUCCCGCGACAGGCAGAAACCCUAAAACAGCAAGCGAACGCUUGCAUUCUAAAUACCGAGGGCGAGCCAGUCGCAUGGGUAUAUCUGGGUCUUGAUGGGAGUCUUGCUACGUUGUACGUCGUGCCGGAGUACAGGAGCAGAGGGCUAGCGACCAUCGUGGCGAGGGAGUUGCUGAAGAGACUUGAGGAAGGGGGGUUUGAGGAUUUGGGAAUUAGGGGGAGUAGUGGGUGGGUGCAUGCUGAAGCUAAGGAUGGGAAUGUGGAGAGUGAGACUGUGAUGAGGAGGUUGGGUGGGUGCGUUGCGGCGGAGACUGCGUAUCUUUCUUUGGAUAGUGAGAAGAUUUGA